AGUAUUUAAACAGGCUGGCACUGCCACAGCCCCACGGGGACACGGGACAGCAGCUCCUGGGCCGGCCUGAGAGGGAAACAGAGAAGUGCCAGGAGGAACCUGGAGUGGAAUGCAAGAAAAAUGACUUUACUGGCGUUCCUCCUCCUGCUCGCCGUGGUCCCAGCUGAGUCUGCAAGAGGCAGACACCUCCCCAAGGCAGCCAUCUCCAGCCCCGUGUUCGGCCCCCGGCAGGUCUACGGCGUGCUGGGCGGCUCGGUCACCGUGAAAUGCUUCUACCCACCCACCCCGGUGAACAGACACGACAGGAAGUACUGGUGCAGGCAGGCGGGCUCCGGCUGUCCCACCGUGGUGUCCACCCAGUACGUGGCUCCUGGCUACCAGGGCAGAAUCGCCCUCACCGACCACCCCGAGGCAGAACACUUCCAGAUCAACAUCUCAGCGCUGGAGCUGGGGGAUGCUGGCACCUUCCAGUGCGGCGUGGGGGUCAAUGGCAGAGGGCUCUCCUACACAGUCACUCUCAGUGUUGCUGAAGCCCCACCUGUUCCUGAGACACCUGAGCUCUUCUACGUGAAGCUCCGCAGCACCUGGACCGUGACCUGCGGCUUUGGGGAGGACACAGCCGACAUGAAGAAAUACCUGUGCAAGAAGGAGAAGGACGGCUGCCGGAACAUUAUUAACAGCUAUCAGGAGUUAGGGAGGAUUCUGCUGACUUUUGAGGAACCUCCAGGCUCGUUCCGUGUCACGAUGACUCAGAUGGACUGGGAAGAUGCAGGCGUGUACUACUGUGGGGCCGGUGAAUAUGGGAAGGACAAAACAAGCAAGGAACUGGACGUGUUUAUCUACGAGGACAAAAACUUCCCUCACUUAAAGACCAACAUAACUGCAAAAACUGGAAGUUCAGCAACCUUCGAGUGCCCCUAUGAACCUCUAAUUAAUUCUGCCACGAGGUUCUGGUGCAAGCGGAAUGGCAGGAAAUGUACCAGGAUCAUAGACAACACUGGCUUUGUGGACGAACCCUAUAAAGGAAGAGUGGCCACGUUCGAGAACCCCAAAAACAAAACCGUCACUGUCGUCCUGAACCAGCUGCAGUACCAGGACGAGGGCAUUUACUGGUGCAUGUCAAAUGAGCUGAGGGAGCAGCAGUCAUCAGCAGAACUGAGGGUUGUCGCAGGAGAACCUGCUCUGACGGGAAAGAAGGAAGUGGAGGCACAAGUGGGCUCGCGGGUGAAUUUAACCUGCUGCUACCCCUGCACGUACAUCUCCUACGAGAAGUACUGGUGCAAGUGGAACGACACGGGCUGUGCCAUGCUGCCAGCGCAGCAGCAGGGGCUGCCAGAGCCGGGUGACACCUGCGACCCAACCACCAGGACGGUGGUGCUGAGCUUGGGCCCGCUGACGGAGGAAGAUGAAGGCUGGUACUGGUGCGGGCUGAAGCGCAACGGGGUCUUCGGGGAAUCCAUGGCCGUGGAGCUGCGGGUGAGCGCAGGGAGAGAUGCCAAGCUCAGCCCGGAGUUCCUGGAUGUUGAUUCAGCCGUGACCCCGGAGCUGUUCCCCCAGGAGGAGCCCACAGCGAUGCUGAGGUGCGAAAAGGAGCUGCCCCAGAAAGCUCUGAUGAAAGCCAUGGCUCCAACUCUGGCCUUAGUGCUGGGCCCUCUUGCUGGCCUGAUCCUGGUUGUUGUGACAGCUUUUGCCAUUGUCAAAUACAGGCAGCUGAAGAGAUCUGACCUGGUGUCCGUGGGGAGCUACAGGACAAACAUCAGCAUGUCAGACUUUGAGAGCGUGAGGGACUUCAGUGCCAGCAACAGCGUGAAGGAGAGCCAGGAGACCGCCAUGGGAGGGGACGAGUUCAUCACCACCACGGACACUCCGGAAAGUGCUGCUGACACAACGAAGGCAAAAAGGAGCUCCAAGGAGGACGCUGAGCUCGCCUACUCCUCCUUCCUCGUCACCUCCAGCAGCAUCGCCCCGGGCAGCUCCGGGGGGGACAGCGCUGUCCUGGACCUGUCCCCACCCCCGGAGCGGGACUGAGGGGAGGUGGCAGCGCCUGGGACUGGCUCUACCUUGAGGAUCACAGUGUCAGCAAACACUGCUCAUUGCUCCAACAAUUUGCUAAAGCUUCACCUGUUUUUUUGCUUAAAUUCAGCUUCGAGUGGUGAUUUAGGAGGAAUGGUUCGAUGCCAAAGGGGGCUGGAAGUGCAGGUCGGAGUGAGGAGGUGGUGCUGGGAAACAGCAGGAGCUCGAGUGGCUCAUCUGACCAGCAGCCCCAGUUCCUACACUGGGCUCUCAGAGGCCAGAAGGAGCAUUGUGAAAAAAAAAAAAAAAAAUCCCAUUUUCUUUUAAAGGCAGCUGGAAAACCCUUUAGAACAGCAUCUGAUGCUUUUGAUUCCUCUAAGCUUUCCCGACCUGAGGGCAACACCUGCAAGCCAGACAUGUCUGGAGUGUUUGUGUGCACAAACAAUAAAGAAUCCAGUGGCUUUCAGCAGA